AAUCCACACAUUCCGAUUCCAGCUCGUCUUCGUGGAAAUUCUGGCGCCGUCGUCUGUCUACAAGGAGCCGACAUGACAGCAACACCAAAUACCUGGGAGCCAAGGACAGACCGGAGAUUACUUUACUGGAGAAGUCUGAUCUAUCUGAGACAUCAGACGGUUCAAUAACACCUGUGACACCUAUACCACUGUCUGGUCCACUGCCAGAUGUUGUAGAAAAAACCCCAGGGAUUCCAAGAUUUAGCAGCAAUGCUGUACCACCACCAAAACCUCCAAGGCUUUUUUUAUUCAGAACGCCAUCGAAUGGGACAAGAUGUUCCACUGACGAUGAGAAAGACACUGAUCCUGUGUACAUCAACAGUGAAAGAUUAGUUGAACUAAAGUCCCACAGACACCACCCAACUCUGAAUUGCUCCCGACCUGAUGGAAAUGCCAUCUUCAGUGACUGCCUGAAAAAUGUAACAAAUCUUGACAUUGGCCAGAGCAAAAAUCUGGUGGAACAAAUUUCUAUGAACAAUUUAAUGAUAAAGGGGGAUAAUAAUGUAAGAGGCAUUACAUUUAAAGAACCGCCUGUUGUUACUUUUCAGUUGAACUCAUCAGAAAUGCAGUCAGAUAAUGUAAAACAUCUACCACAGACAAAUCAUCUGAACACUGUAGCUCGGAAACCAAAAAUAAAAACCCCAGAACUGAACUCCAAAAGAGCAGGACGAUCUCGUCGACGUUCGCAUGAUAAAGGAGAGAUGACCCGGCAGAAACACAUCAUGAACAGCGUCUCUGAGCUUCUUCGACAAAGAUUAGACCCUUAUCCCUUAUUAGAUCAACUGAAAAGGGCAGGCAUUUUAACUAACAUGGAUGUCCAGUCCUUCCUCGGAUACCAUGAUCGCAAGUCUAUCUGUGAAAGCAUUGUGGACUUGGUAGGGGCUGCAACUCCGGAUGUGCUUCCUGUUUUCUGUGAUGUUCUUUCAUCUGCAGGAAACAGCACAGAAAUACUGGAGGUUCUUCAUGUGGUGAGAGAAAUCGACAGAAUUAUCUAUGAUGUCUCAUUCAACAAUAACAACGACAACCCCAUUCUGGAUGAUGAGAAGAACCUCAACUAUGAUAUUGGUUACCUGGCACCCGACUAUUCUCUGAAACCUUUGGUGGAGCUGGAGAGAGUUCGAGCCAGUGGAGAUAAACGCCUGAGCAAAGCAUCUUGUCGGAACUCUGCAUACUCACUGUUGGAAGGCGGUGACAGUGAGUCGUGCAACCAUGGUGACAGCGGGGUGUUUCCGGGACUAAUUAUGAUGAGUAUUUGUGUCACGGGUCACAGUUUAUCUGGGCAGAGGGCUGAAGCUUUAGCAAGCCUAAUUAGGAACCAUAACUGUAUAUGUGAGCUUCGUAUGGGCAAAACACAGCUGUGUGGGGACGAUAUCAGCAUUAUUGCUAAGGCUCUAGAAGAGAACCGGACAAUUCAUUCCUUAGAUGUACGCCUUAAUCACAUUGGAGAGAAAGGCGCUGUCGCCGUGGCUGACCUUUUAUUAAAAACAAAGUCCCUGAGACUGCUGAAUCUUUCUUCCACCAACAUGGACCUACAGAGUAUUCAAAACAUUGUGUGUGCCACUGCAGCUAAUAAGUGUUUGACUGAUCUAGAUCUCAGCUUUCUGGAUGUCGGGGAUGAGUGCUCAGAGUGCUUGCGGGACAUGCUUCGGGCUAAUUCCAAUCUUCAGAAGCUUCGGUUGAGAAGCAACAACUUGACCUGGUCCGGUUGUUACGUGAUUGCUGAAGGUCUGUCUCGCAACUUGUGCCUCAACGUGUUAGAUUUGAGCAGGAACACUGUAGGAGAUGAGGGUGUUCAGGCUCUAGCCAAGUUCCUGCCAGAAUCAAGUGUGACAGAAGUGUCUCUGGAGAACUGUGGGAUCACCUCUGCAGGAUGUGAUGCUUUAGCUGACCUGCUGACUCACUGUAAGAGACUGAAACACUUGGACAUCAGCACCAACAUCUUGCUGGAUGCAGGGAUUUGCAAGUUGGCCAAAGCUUUAGAGCGGACCUCCUCUUUACAGAAUCUUGGCUUGAACAUGUGUGGCAUUACCAAUGAUGGCUUCUCCAUUCUUCUAGACGUUUUGGAGAAGAACACAUCCAUUAUUCACAUGAAACUGUGCUACAAUAGACUCGGCAGGGAGCACUCCAUUCCUUCUGCUAAUUCUGAUGACCUGAGGUACCGUCUUCGUAUAGUGACAUCCUCCAAGCCAAAGCUGAAAAUACUACUCUGGGGAAACACGUUUGAGGAGCCUUAG